UUAAUACUGCAUGUGUAUUUUUAACCAGGCGUUAUAAACUCAUCUUCUCUCCACAGUUAAUGUCAUCAUUGUGCCAAAGCGAGCCUCUGAAGGAGUGGGAGAGGCAGGUGCAUUUGCACAGAGCCUCAUGAAUAGCCGCUUCCCCAUUAACCAUGCGCAGCUCCGAGGCGCGCAUAAAUAAUAGCUGGCACUGCUGAUAUAAAAAAAGCGCACCUUAGGGGCCUCUCUCCCCCUCCUCCUCCUCCUCCUCCUCUCUUUCUCUUUCUUCCUUUUCUCCUUUCUCUCUCACGGGAAUUUACGCUUUUGAUUUCGUCCCUUUCACUGGCAAGAGCAACUUAUUUGUACGCACGACAAAAAAAGAAAACAGCCUCGUAGCAGCAGUGUUGUAUUCGACGGGAGGUUGAGAUAAUUGCUUUUCAUGACCAAGAAAAAAAAAAAGAAAGAAAGAAAGAAAAAGAAAGAUCUGCUCUCUGUUUUCGUGUCCUGUCUGUCCCGCAUUUGUAAUCCUGCCUUCCUUGCAGAACGAAUCCGCUGGACUGGUGCCUUUCCCAUUGAGACGCAGGACGCAUAGACACCAGCCUGCAUCCGAGCGCAGCGGCACCAGCGCCUGUCAUUAAAAACAAACGAGGGAAGAGAAACAGAGAGAGAGAGAGAGAGAGAGAGAGAGAGAGAGAGAAAGAGAGAGAGGGAGAGAGAUUUUCUUGAAGAGAAUCAGCUGUGGAGGAUUUUUUCUUACUUUCCUUUUUUUUUUUUUUCCUUUUUCCUUUUUUGCAGAGAAGUUGCAUGGUGCAGGAGUGACAGUACUCGACCGGGACAGAAGGAAUGGGAUACCCGGGCAGAGCAGUGAGAGGAGGAUGGGGAGGGUGGAUGGGAUGGACGCUCCUGGUGUGGGUCGCCGCUGUCUGCCUGGUUCCUGCGGACGGGCGGAGGGUGAGGCAGCCCAGAUGCCCCGUCGGGUGCACCUGCACCAAAGAUAAUGCCCUGUGUGAGAAUGUCCGAUCCGUGCCUCACACUUUCCCGUCGGACGUCGUCUCCCUGUCUUUUGUCAAGUCUGGAUUUAAUGAAAUCACAGGGGGAAGCUUUGUUCACACGCCUGCCCUGCAACUGCUAUUGUUCACAGCAAAUUCACUGGACCUCAUCGAUGAGGAUGCCUUCCUGGGUUUACCACAUCUUGAGUAUCUGUUUAUUGAAAACAACAAGAUCGCAUCCAUAUCCCCGUUCGCUUUCCGGGGCCUGAAAGCGCUGAUACACCUGAGUCUGGCUUACAACAACCUUGAGACGCUGCCCAGAGAUGUCUUCAAGGGCAUGGACGCUUUGACCAAAGUCGAUCUACGGGGCAACAACCUGAUAUGUGACUGCAAGCUGAAAUGGCUGGUGGAGUGGAUGCACCACACCAAUGCCACGCUGGACGAGAUCCACUGCAGCGGUCCGCCUGUUCAGCAGGGGAAGAAGCUCAACGACCUGCUGCCUCACUCCUUCGACUGCAUCACCGCAGAAUUUGCCUCCUAUCAGUCGCUGAAGUUUGAGUCCAUUUCGGUGGAGGCAUUCACCUUUGGCACCGAUCAAUACGUUGUGUUUGCCCAACCGUUUGCCGGGACGUGCAGCUUCCUGGAAUGGGAUCACGUCGAGAUGACCUUCAGAACCUACGACACCAUUGAAAGCACGUCAACUGUGGUCUGCAAGCCCAUGGUGAUCGACAACCACCUCUUCGUUAUCGUGGCCCAGCUGUUCGGCGGCUCGCACAUUUACAAACGCGACACCUCCGCCAACAAGUUCAUCAAGAUCCAGGACAUCGACAUCCUGAAGAUACGCAAGCCGAAUGACAUCGAGACCUUCUUGAUCGAUGGGGAGUCCUUCUUCGUCAUUGCCGACAGCUCCAAGGCCGGCUCCACGACAGUCUACAAAUGGAACGGCAACGGCUUCUACUCCCACCAGUCCCUCCACCCAUGGUUCAGGGACACAGACGUUGAGUAUUUGGAGAUCGCCAACAAACCCCACCUGAUCUUGUCCAGCAGUUCCCAGAGGCCCGUCGUCUACCAGUGGAACAGGAGCCAGAAGCAGUUCGACCGUAGGACCGACAUACCAGAUAUGGAGGACGUCUUUUCCGUCAAACACUUCCGGGUCAAAGGUGAGCUGUUUAUAUGCCUGACAAGAUUCAUCGGGGACUCCAAGGUGAUGCGCUGGGACGGCGCCAUGUUCAAGGAGGUCCAGACAUUUCCUUCCCGCGGCUCUAUGGUGUUCCAGCCCGUCUCCAUCGGCAACUGGCAGUACGCCAUCUUGGGCAGCGAUUAUUCACUGACGCAGGUCUACCAAUGGGACACCAAGAGGGGCCAGUUUAUCCCAUCCCAGGAGCUGAAUAUCCAGGCGCCGCGUGCGCUCUCUCUGGUUUCCAUUGACGACCGGGUGUUCCUGCUCGCAUCCAGCUUCAAGGGAAAAACUCAGAUAUACGAGCACCUCAUGAUCGAUCUGAGUAACUGAAACCCAUCCUCACUUUGGGACAAAUCAUGUACACUACCAUUCAAAUGCGUUUCUUCUGCUUUCAUUCACCACCAGUUCCCAUUUUAGUUUGAGCAAAAAUUUUCAUGCAGAAGCACCAAUUACCGUAAAGGCUAUUCCAAUUACAAGUCAGGGCCUUUUAGGUUAGGCUGAGAUCAAGUGGUUGGAAUUCUUACAUUGGUUGUGAUUAUUUUAAGUGAUCCGACACCAUCUCCAUGACACUGAAGUUAUAUUCUACACAGCCCCUGAUGCCUUUGUACAGCAACCACUUUAUUUUGAUAAACUCGUUGUUAAUUCCUCACUCUUCAGGAACGCCUUAUUGUCAAUUCCAUAAACUUAGAUCCACUCAAAGUGCGAACUGACUAUCUUUCAGGAAAAAGAAGCUAUAAAGUCACCGCUUUUUGUCUGUUAUCCAUGAAAGUCUCUGCAAAUUUGACUCCAUACUUUUUUAAGUUCUACUGCAGGAAAGAUGUAGGAGUUCGGUCGCGCUAAUGCAUUAAAAGGUACGAGGCUAAGCGUGUUCAGACUGAGGUGGACAGCUUUUCUAGAGAAACACAGUGGAGACAACUUUUUCUUUAACCUCAGCAAAGCAAUUCAGGAAAAUCUCACAAGGCAUCAGCGCAGAGCUUGAGAGCAAUACCAUGUGGGCAAAAAAAAAAUUAGACUACUUGCUGACAGUCAAAUCCAUUUUUCUUGCACAGUUUGGCAGCUAGUAAACCUGUGUUCUGCUAGCCGUUCGUCAUUACUUCACACUUAAAAGAACUGCACCGUGUAUACGAAAUGAAGAAGCCACUGAACACCGUGGAAAAAACUGGGAACACAAAAAAAGUUCUGUCUGAUCUACGCCCAUCAGUUAAGCAAGACCGUAGGCAUUAUACAGACACUCGUGGUGGUGUUGACUCCUGAUGAAUGACUCGCUAGAAGCGUCCCACUGUGUCACCCCAGCCCUCCCUCUUUCACUGCACUCUUACCCCUUUUCUCCCUCAUUGACAAAAACCAUUGUUGUCUUCGCUCGGCCACUAAAACAAAACAAACAAACAAACAAAAAAAAAAGCCAACCACUGUGGAGCACCUCGUACCUGUGCUUUUCACACUGCUCCUCUUAUUCUGGCACAAAGGAAACGAGAGUUGUGAUAACAACUAACAACGUCACUGACAACGAUUUGCCAAAUAUAAUGUUUACGUUUUUUUCAAUACCGUGUAAAGUAAUUUAUAUGAUGUCGCUUUUUUUGUAUGUAGAGGGGACCACACUAAAUGUUUUAUUUUUCAUAGAUUCAUAGAAUUUAGUGUAAUUACUUUAAAAAAAAAACACACACACACACACACAAAAACAAGAAUCACUUCUUGAAAAGCUGUGUAACAUGUUACUUCAAAACAGUAGAGGUGUAAUUGUGUCAGCAUCAUCUAGUUAGGUAAGGACAGAGGACGUUAGCUGCUCCUUUGUCACGUUGUUGCUCAUUGUAUUUUACGUACAGUAGUAAUAAAAUACUAAAAUGCUAAA